AUGCCAGAACACGAGGAGCGCCAUAGCCAUGGCGUGAACAGAUCGCUAUCUCUUGGUAGUUCGAUGAGGAGCUUGUUUAAGUCUCAGAGGUCUCGAGGCCCCAGUGAUCGAGGUGCAAAUGGGACCCCCGGGCCUGCGCAAAAAGUUGAUAUACGAGUGGACACAGCCAGUGCAAGCCGUGAGCAUACACCGGUGGUACAUAAAACCCCACAAUCUGCCAAUCCAGAGUUACAACAACCACGCCAUCAUCUGGGCUUGCCAAACAUCUUGAAGUUAAACUUGACGCCUACUAAUUCGAAUCCACAAUCCAAAUCAGGGUCUCCUGUCAGCCAGAAUACAUCACAGGAAUCUCUGAUUACAGAUACUGACAUUGAAGUUGAGGACUAUAGACCAUCCAAGGACAGUCGUCGUACUGUGAGGAACGCCAGUCCCAUGUCAAGUAAUGGUAACUUGCCUAUAAACGCAAACACUGUCAUUGGCCCUGACACAAGCAGUAAUAACAUAGAUUCGAUGCUGGAUGGUACUGGCUUGAGACCAUUUUACGAAGAGGCAGACAGUUCCGAUUAUAUUGAGAACUUACGAAGCUUUCCGCUACCGACUGGCCACUAUGCCCCUGGAUUUAUUCAACCUCCGAAAUCUCCCACAAGUUCAAGAGUACCAAGUAGGUCUAAUAGCAGAAAGGGAAGAGAGCAUGCUGGAACAGUUAGUGCUGCUCAGCUACCUAGAUAUAAUGAAACCCCUGGAAAAUGCAUUUUAGAUUUAGAGUAUUUCAAACUUUAUGAAGAUGGUCACCAUGUCCACACCCUGAAAGUGAUGACUUCAGUAAACUCAGAUGCGAAUGGUAAUAGCCAUAACCAUGCUUCGAAAAAUGACGGUCAUUUAGAUCUACCAAAAGGUGAUGACGGCUCAGUGGUUAGACAGAAGUCAAAAUUCUCAUUAUCUGGGUUCUUCAAACCACAUUCAAAGGAGGAUAUUGCUAACGCUGACGAAAAAUUGAAAUAUGCUGUAUCGUUAUUACCAAGGAAUAAAAUCUGUUCAAAAGUUGAAACAGAUAGAGAUACGUUCGCUCCAGUCUUUACGAAGACCAGAAGCCACGUUCAAAGUGGAAGCGAUGACAGUUCUGAUGAUGAUGAAGAACUUGAUGACCCAUCGAUUCCAAAAAUUGUUAACAAGAAUGCUGCUGUAGGGUCUCAGGAGUUAAAACUAAUCAAUAACUUAUCUGAAAAGAUUAGAAUGGGGUUAUCUACAGCAGCCAAGAACAAACACAAUCAAUCCAGUAAACAUAGAACACCGUCUGGAGCCGGAGUCCAGGACGAAAACCAACCUGCUUUUGCUGAUCUAUACGGAAAAUGUGUUGCAGUCGUAGGCCAUGGGGCAUACGGUGUUGUAAAAGUAUGUGCUAGAACUAGGGAUGAGAAGGAUGAUCUGCCGGCCACCAAAACUUAUAUGGACAGUAAAAAAAUAUACUUUGCUGUAAAGGAGCUGAAACCACGGCCAUCAGACCCAAUUGAGAAAUUCAGUACUAGAAUUACCUCUGAAUUCAUUAUUGGGCACUCUUUGAGUCAUUACUAUGAUAAAAAUGGUGAACAAUCUGCACCUAAUAUUUUGAGUAUCAUAGAUUUGUUAGAAUACAAUGAUACUUUUAUUGAAGUCAUGGAAUUUUGUCCAGCUGGUGACUUAUAUAGCCUAUUGACAGCAAGGAAGAAUAAAAUCGGAAAACCAUUACACCCAUUAGAAGCUGAUUGUUUUAUGAAACAGUUAUUAAAAGGCAUACAAUUUAUGCAUGAUCAUGGUGUUGCACAUUGUGAUCUAAAACCAGAAAACAUUCUUCUUCAUCCGAACGGUUUAUUGAAAAUCUGUGAUUUUGGUACUAGUUGUGUGUUCCAAACUGCAUGGGAGAGACAUGUACAUUUCCAAACGGGCCUUCAAGGCUCUGAACCUUAUGUUGCACCUGAGGAAUACAACCCCAAAAAAGAAUACGACCCAAGGCUAGUUGAUUGUUGGAGUAUCGGUAUCGUGUAUUGUACAAUGAUAAUGGGCCAUUAUUUAUGGAGAAAUGCUGCCAGAGGAAAGGAUUCUUUAUAUGACUCUUUUUAUGAAGAAAUGGCCUCCAAAAAGGAGUUCUAUGUAUUUGAAGAGCUUCGCCAUAUCAACCAAGAAAUUAAUAGAUUGCGCAGAAUAGCACUUUACCAAAUUUUCCAACCAAACCCAGAAAAACGUAUAUCAAUUGACAAACUACUCCAAACAGGUUGGAUGAGACAUACCAAAUGCUGUGUCCCCUAUAAAAACAUACCAAGAUAA